AUGGGCGGCGGUCCUUCAACUCCUCCUGAUAUCUCACUUAUCAAUCGAUCUGAGAUUUUAUCUCCCUGCGAACCGUCUCCUGAUACUCGUAGCCUUCAUUCCGAAGAUCUCAUUGAAGUCACUUGCUCCGGAAUACCACCCACCAAAAUUCAAGAUCCUGCUCCAAUCGAAGAGCCCCUUGAUAUCCUUGCUGACGACCUUCCCAGAGGCGAUAAACUUCCGACAGAUGACGAUAACUGCUCUUACAAGCUUCGUUGGUCUAAAAGUAAAGUCUAUGUCCAUCCUACGGCAUUUCUGCGUGAUAACGUACCUGGAUACUUAGGCAUACUACAACGUUCCCGCGCAUCAUUUUACCUCAGCUGGAUUCCAGAGUAUCUUCUUGACAGCUCUUCAGAACGUGAACACUGGGUUGAAGUUGAAACUGACCCCUAUUCAACCACCUCAGACGUUAUGGUCACGAUCCCACCGGAAUCUACGCAUUCAGCAAGCAGCCGUACUCACGCAUUCUCAAUCCCCAUCAAUUCAAUUUAUUCCUUGAUGCUGCGUCCACCUACUUUAAGAUCUUGGUACGGUACGGUGGUGGUCAACUUAUUCGAUGGUAUCACCUUGCCCAUCCUUUACAUGCACGAUGACGAAUCUGGCUCAGCUCAGUUUGCUCGACAGUCUAUUCCUGCUGCCCUUGCGUCAGAACCUCCUCGCGCCUCUUUACCUGCAAGCUGGGGUGGAGAUGCCCUGCUGAAUCAGCUACGGCGAUUUGCGGAUGUCUUGGUUUCCAAGAUUGAGCCAGGACUUUAUUUGAUCAACCCAUCAGCUACUGACCGAGAAGCACACCUUACCCCGUUGUUUGAUGACGACUCUAUCUUCGAUAAUAGCCCACUUCCUUCUCGACUGACGCCUCGGAGACACUACGAUCGUGAUGAUGAUGACGAUAUUCCCCUUGGUCUUCGUAACAGCAUCUUACAUCAGAGUCUGAACGGUAGCAGUGCUUCUGGAUCGAUGGAUAAUAUGACAUUCAACAUUCUGAACUCUUUUAGCCGCAUCACGCAAAAUGCAAGAUCAGCAGCACAGCUGGUUCUCUCUCACAAACUGGCCAAACCGAUAUUACCACAUCUACCCAAACCGUUCACCUCAUUGGCCAAUGGAGAGCCCGACCUCGUGAGAUGGUCUCAGCAGGCUGGAGUCGAAGGUUACGACGUAGCCCGUGUUUACCUAGCCAAAUGGGCAUCGAUAGUUGCAGCCCAAGGGGAACAGGCUCGUCGUGCUGAAAGGGGUGAUUGGGAUUUUCAAGAGACAGAAGACGGUGGUGUGGGCGGUGGGUUUGAAGUUGUUUAUACAAUGUAUGAAAUCCCACGAGUCCGAGCAAAUAGAGCACCUACGCAACCUAUUCAGUUGGAAGAAUUCAUCGCUUGGCAGGACGACAACGGCCGCAUGUUACUGCCAGAAUCCGAAUGCCGUAGGAGAAUCUUUCAACGAGGCCUCGCUGUCAGUGCUCGAAAGGAUAUCUGGCUCUUUCUACUGGGCGUUUACAGAUGGGACAGUGAUAGACUUGAGAGAGAACACAAGUUGAAUCUCAUGAAAGAGCAAUAUGAGACACUCAAGAAGGGCUGGGAAAAGGACGAAUCCGGCCUGAAAGAGACAGCUGGCUUUCGUGAAGAAGCUCAUAGAAUUGAUAUCGAUUGCAGACGAACCGACAGGCAACAAUCUUAUUUUGCUAUACCGUCUGAUCCCUCCUCGGCAGAUGAUAUCCUCGAGCCACUAGACGAAGGUUCAAGAUAUGUGCAAGGCAUGAGUGAUCUUUGUGCGCCUCUGUAUGUUGUCUUUGAGGCCGAUCAAGCAGUCACCUUUUUUGCUUUUGUCAAGUUGAUGGACCGAAUGGGCAUGAAAGAUGAACUUUCACGUCUACAAAAACUUUUAAAAUUAAUUGAUCCAGGAUUAUAUCGACAUUUUGAUAAAACCAAUAGUUUGAAUUUGUUUAUUUGUUUUCGCUGGAUUUUAAUUGGUUUUAAGAGAGAAUUUGUGUUUCAGGAUGUUAUGAAAGUCUGGGAAGCUAUGUGGUCAGACAUUUGUGGACCACAUACUGAUCUCUUUAUCGCUUUGGCCAUAUUGGAGAAACAUCGCGAACCGAUUAUCCGCUACUUGAGAGAAUUCGAUGAGACGCUCGAUUGCGAUGAAGUACUAGCCCAGGCGGAAGUCUUAUACCUAACCUUUAAAUCGAUUGUGGAAAAACAUUCAGAUGAUGAACCUGAUCCAUCUUCUCCAUCACCGAGUACACAAACUGAAAAUGAAGAUAAGAAAGUAAAAGGGAAAAUAAUCAUUGAUGAAGAACUGAAAGGUCUUAUAUGA